AUGAUGGACUUCUGGCACUUGCCCUUCCAUCACUCUCGAGAGUUGGUUAAAGCACAGCAGACCAGGGCUGCCCUGGAAUUGAGUUUCCGGCAGAGGUGGGAAUCGAACCCACAACCUUUUGGACCAGGUUAUCGACCAGAGACCUGCGCUCUACCGACUGAGCUAUUCAGGCAGGCUCUAUUUGGAAAGGGCCUCAGGCUCGCCGAUGGCAUUUUCUUCAUGCUGCAUUCAGGAGCGACUGCUAUUUUGGAGACAGCAAAAUCAGCACCCCCACAUGGUUGUUCUAUGACGCAUGCAGCAAAUCACCUUGUUUCUUUCCCCAAAGAGCCCAGCGUGCGAGUCCCAGGGGUGCAUUUCAGGGAAAGGUGCCUUUUCGUCUGGCUACAUUAA